AUGUUCCGCGUUUUUGGCCGACGCCUUGUUUCCCGUACACUGCCGUUACUUCAGCAGGUACCACAUACGUUGCCGGAGGGCUUUGAAUAUAUGGAACACAAAGUUGUAGAUAAGGAUAUCCAUGCUUCUCACGAAAAUCUUGAGACGUUACGCUUUACCCUUACCCGUCAGGAUGAGUUUUUGAUGCGUGAGGAUCCUGUUAAGUGUGUAACAGUAACUGGAGUUAAUGGCGAGUAUGGUAUCUAUCCUGGACAUGCCUACAAGAUUGUUCAACUUAUACCUUCCACAAUUACAGUGGAGUACACUGAUGGGAAAACGCAAAAAUUCUUCGUCAGUGGGGGAUUUGCGCACAUUAAUAAUGAGGGAUCUUGUGAUGUGAAUACAGUUGAGUGCAUCCCGAUCGAGGAGCUUGAUCUCGCCGCUGCCGAAGGUGCACUCGCUGCACAACAGGCUUCUUUAGGCUCAGCGAAGGAUGAAAAGGCCAAGGCGGUUAUUGAAAUUCGCAUAUCUGUUUUGGAGUCUAUUAUUUCUGCAUUGAAACAUCACCAUUAG